CCGACUGUCCGGCAAGGCUGGCUAGGUUUGUGAAAAGAAAAGACGCCGAAUCAGAUUAUUUUCUGUGCUCUUACUUAUUUUCUAUACGCCCCGCGUGUGCAGUAAUUACAAUUAUUAGUUAUACACCAGACUUAUUGCAAUUGAUACGAUGGCGCAAAGUGCUGCGCUUCGCGAGGCCUCGCUGGGCCUAAAGAAGGUCUGCCGAUUCUGCCUGUCGGAUCAGAAGCUGGCCUCCAUUUUCGUGGAGAACACACGCAUCAAAACCAGCGCCAACCUGGCCCUGCAGAUAAUGGCCAUAACGGCGAUCGAGGUUUUCGAUGGCGACGGAAUGCCAGGAUAUAUCUGCCUGGACUGCCGUCUCCUCUUCGAGCACUGCUACCGCUUCAAGCAAAUGUGCAAGCGGGCUGAGACCCUCAUCCGUCAAUACCCCUUGACUGGAACUUGGCCCGCUCCUCUGGAGAAACCCCGGGCUCCCAUGAUAGCCAAUCAGGCGGUGCCCCCCAAGAAUGUCACCGCGGUGACAGUCACUUCACCGGAAAGCAAGCCCAAGAAGCUGCUCAACACCAUGGCCAAAUCGAACAAGGCCAUCAUCGAGAAUGUCCAGGUGCUGGAGACAAGUUUGCUGAACAAGAAUGCCACCGCCGGAGGAGCUCCAAUCGGACGCAAGGCCCAGGCCUAUGAGCUGAAGGUGGAGAACAACCAGGACCUGACGAUAGACGAUGUGCACAGCAUGAUGGAGGACAUGGCUAAUGAGCUGCAAGAUGAAAUAGUCCAGCCGCCGGCGAAAAAUUCACCCAGCAAGCCCAAGCUGCUGAACAAGUCAUCGAUUCGUAUACUGAACAAGGGACCUGCCGCUCCCCUGGAGCCCCGCAUUGCCACACCUCAGGUUCAUCGGGAUGAGAGCGGCAACGUAGCCAUUGUGACGGAGAUUCUGGAUCCCGGCAAGAUUAUUUCUCCAAAUGAUUUAAUCAAGAACGCCGAAAAGGUGGCAACCAAUGUGUUUCCUUGUCCCGACUGCGACCGAUCCUUUCCGCUGCAGCAGUUGCUGGACAUUCAUAUGGUAAACCAUAAACGCGAGCGCAGUUUCCAGUGCCCGGAUUGCGAGCGGAGCUUCUUCAGCAAGUACGAUCUGCAGAAGCAUACCUUUGUUCACACCGGCGAGCGGCCGUUCCAGUGCACCAUUUGCUCCAGGGCCUUCACCCGAAAGGCCCUGCUCCAUCGACACGAACGGACGCACACGGACAUACCCAAAUUUAUAUGCGUUUUUUGCGAGAAGCCGUUCAUCUCGCGCCAGGAGAUGGAGACUCACGCGGAGCGUCACACCAAGAAGCGGCCCUUCCAUUGCGGUGUCUGCAGCAAGUCGUUUGCGUUUAAGCAGGGACUGGAGCGUCAUGAGGUCAUCCACAAGACCAAUUUGCCUUUCCCCUGUCAGCACUGCAACCGCUCUUUCCCAACAUCCAGCAAGUUGGCUCGUCACCUGGUCGCGCAUGCCGGCAAACGGGCUUAUCCCUGCAAAUACUGUUCCAAGUCCUACAUUCUCUCGCAUCAUCUGUCGCGGCAUCUGCGUAUGCACAAGCAGAGCACCUCGGAGGCUUCGUUUGUGUGCAGCGAAUGCAAAGAUACUUUUACCACCUAUGACCAGCUGCUGGAGCACUCGCUGACCCAUGCCCAGGAUACCCUGAAGUGUCCACUGUGCCGCGAGAAUAUCGAAUAUGCCGACGAUGUCGAGGCCCACAUGGCGCAGCACAAGACCGAGCGUUUCGCCUGCGAGUUCUGCGAUCACAUCUUCUUAAGCGAGGCACGUCUGCGAAAUCACAUUGAGGAUGACCAUGUGGUGGACAUGAUGCCCUAUCAGAACGACGAAGUUGAGGGAGCCGAAAGUGUCGAGGGAGUUGAGGCAGCUGAAAGCAUCGGAGUUGAGGGAGCCGAAAGCGUCGAGGGAGUUGGGGAAAAAGCUGAAGGAGAGGAAGCCCUCGAGGAAGUGUACGAUGCGGUGGGCAUAAAGGCAGAGGAGGAGUUUAUAACGGAAUACUUGGAAGACGAUUCUCUGGAAGAUGACCAUCUGGACGAUAGCGAUGGUUCCUUUGAGCCGCCGCCAAAGCAAAAGAAAUUAGUAAAGGAAUCUACAGAAGGAAAGCGGCAGACUCGCAGUCAGGAUAAGUCGGGAACUAUUUCGAAGAUAUCACCAAAGACAAUGAAUAUCAAGAAGGAAACCAAGUCACCGCCCGCCAGGUCAGGACGCUUUCUGACCAUUUCGGGCAAGAUUACGAACAAAAAGUCGCCUAAAUAGGUUAAGAUGAGAUUAUUGCAAGCACUUUGUAUCUUACAUAUUACAAAAGUUUAUGUAUUCCAAAACUAUGGAUUUUCUUGGG